AUGGGAUUCUCCUCGUUGAUGCUCCACGUGCAAGAAGAAGAAAUUAACAUAAGAAGAAUGAUUUUGAAUGGAAGAAGAACAAGUUUACUGAUGCUGCUGCUGAUUUUGAUUAUUGUAAAGCUUUCAAAUGCAUAUUCAGGUGGUAGAACUGCUGUUGAAAGAUGCAAUGCUGCCUCAAAUAAAGGGGCAGUUUUCGCAAAAACUUCGACUGCUGCUAGAGAGAGCAUGGUGAGAGGAAGAAAAAUGGUAUAUGGUCGGAUGAAGAUGAUGAAGAAGGCAACAAAAUAUGGCGCAAGUGAAGCAAAUAUGAAAAUUUCAGGUGCAGAAAAGGUGGCUACCGAAGAUCAAGAAGGGGCUGGAUUUGUUGCCUUCAAUGCAGAUUACAAAGGACCUAGGCAUCACCCACCUAAGAAUAACUAA